UACAUGAAUAUUUCCUGAAUAUCUAUACUAUUUUUAAUAGAAAUCAAAUUUAAAGUUUGAAUUUUUAGAACCGCGCCAAAAACGCUAUUCCUGUGAUGGCGCCGGCAGAAGACGUCUGUGACGUCACACGCCAGUAAACACGAUCACGAGCUGUCAGCCGAAGUUAAUUUCAUUAUUGUGCUUGAUUUUGCUAUAAAAUCAUAGAUAAAAUGGUCUAUAAAUGGUGUGUAGUGCCAAAAUGUACGAAUACGUGUAUAAAUAGUCCACAAACACUGUUUGUUUCUGUUCCAACCGAUUGUAAAAGACGAAAAAAGUGGUUACUAUUAGCUCGGAGAGACCCAAAGGGCAUUUCAUCGACUUCAAAUGUAUUUAUGUGUGAAGAUCACUUCGAUAUAGUGAUAGUUAUGUUGAAUUGCAGAUGGAAAAAGACACCAUUAACUACAUGCAGUACAAAAUGGGUUUCAGCAAGAAGAUACUAGAAGAUCGUAAAAGACCACUGUCUGAUGCUGGACUUUCUCGAGGAGCAUAUGUCAACAGGAAAGGAAUGGAUUUGGUCAACACAUGUUUGCAAAGUCAAAAUGCUACUGAAGCCCAAGCUGAGGGCUUACAAAAAGAUGAGAGUUUGAUACAAGACAUUAUUGAACCUCAAGGUUUUU